CAAUCUGCAGCUUGAACUGUGCGGCCGACAGCCUCGACGACGCGAACAUGUCGGGCCUUCUCAACCUCAGCAGCCUGGGCAAGCUCUGCGGGUCCAGCCACAGCAAUGAAAUGGUGGUGUUGGACCGGGUCAAGAGGAAGAACUCUGUCAGGCGCAUGUCGAUUAUUGAAGAUGGUGAACUUGCCGAGGUUCUCUACCUUAUUCCCAAACAGUCCAUGGUGGAGCAGCUGCCUUUCCUCAACCCCAACGACUACAUCCUGUGUGAGAAGCUGGCCAGCAUACCUGCAGAGUUGUCAGUGAUGCAUAAUCACGAUGGCUCCUACCCGUGUUCUCCGGGGGGGAGGCGGGUCAUCCAGUGCUUUAGGUGUGGGGGCCCAUGCAAGGGAGAGGUGCUGCGAGUCCAGGCCAGCCACUUCCACAUAAAGUGCUUUACCUGCAAGGUGUGCGGAUGUGACCUGGCUCAGAGUGGCUUCUUCAUGAAGAACGGCGACUACCUCUGCCCGCUGGACUUCCAGAGGCUUCACGGCACAGUCUGCAACAACUGUGGGGAGUUUGUGGAGGGGGAGGUGGUCACAGUCUUGGGGAAGACCUACCACCCGGCCUGCUUUGUGUGCGCCGUUUGCAAACAGCCCUUUCCUGCUGGGGAUCGGGUCACCUUCAGUGGAAAGAACUGCCUCUGUCAGCGCUGUAUCCGACCCGUGUCUCCUACUCCCAAAGAUAUCCGCCGUUCCAGCAACUGCUCUGGCUGCGGUCGAGACAUCAAGAACGGCCAGGCUCUGGUAGCACUGGGCGGCCAGUGGCACCUCGGCUGCUUCAAGUGUAAAGCCUGCCGGAAAGUGCUGAGCGGAGAAUAUAUCAGCAAGGACGGCGUUCCCUAUUGUGAGAGGGACUACCAGAUUCAGUUUGGGAUACAAUGUGAAGCAUGUCAGAAGUUUAUAACUGGAAAAGUCCUAGAGGCAGGGGAGAAACAUUAUCACCCCAGCUGUGCAAGAUGCAGCCGAUGUGACAAAAUGUUCACAGAAGGUGAAGACAUGUAUCUGCAAGGAUCAACAGUUUGGCACCCGGACUGCAGAGACAACAGCAGAGCUGAGGACAGUUACAUGGUCAGCAGACCAAAAACACCAACUCUUGAUUUCUUUUAUCCCCGACAUAAACUGAAGCCCACUAGAUCAUCAUCUGAGAGCUCCUGCUCCAGGCCGGGCUCAUGCACACCGGGGAGUCCCAGUCGAACCAUCUGUGCAAAAGUAGAUAACGAGAUCAUUGAUUACCGAGACUUAGCGGCGAUUCCCAGAGUCAAGGCUAUAUACGAUAUAGAGCAUCCUGAUAUGAUAUCUUAUAAGUGUGUGAACGACAACUCCUCUACUUUGGACAACAAAGGCAACAGACAGGACAGGCAAAGCCCUGCAGAGUCCCCAGGAAACGUAUCUGAAUCCACAGAGGAGGGUUUUGAUGACAGAAAGUGCAUACCAAAAUCUACGAGCCACGGAUCUUUUGGAGUUCACACAAAGUACACUCGUCACAGCUACACUCCAAAUGUGUCCAGAUCGCCGCAGCACUUCCACCGGCCAGGGUUGAUGCUUUCUCCCUCUUUAUUCUCUGACAACAAAGACACAUGCCCCACUUCCCCUUUAUGUCACCACUCUCUCCCUCACGCCAAAGACGAAGGCUUCAACAUGUACAGGAGGCCUCCAAUUUAUAAACCGCAAGAUCCAAAUUCCCCCACAUCCCAAACAUCCUCUUUGCCUGCAUAUGGUCGCAAUGGCCUCAAUCCGCCGCGGUCAGCUGAUUUCUCCCAUUACAGCACUGACAGAUUCAGAGACUUCAAGCUCUUCCAUGAUGGUCAACAUCCAUUAACACGAAUGGACAGAGGAGUGUCUAUGCCUAAUUUGUUUGAUCCAAAAGUCUACCCGUAUCAACUGCUCGCAGUUAGUAGUAGAGGACGCGGGAGGCUUCCCAAUGAUGUUGACAGGACACGACUCGAGCGUCACCUGUCCCGGGAUUCAUUCUACGAGAUCUUUGGCAUGGAUAUUCAAGAGUUUGACAUACUUCCACUGUGGAAACGUAAUGACAUGAAGAGGAGGGCAAAUCUCUUCUAAAUGCUGCCUAAAUGCACGUUUUGACUCAUUGUUAAAAUGCAGUACAUGUCAAGUUCUGAUGGCACCUUAUGUGUAUUUCUUUGCAUUUGACACACAUUUUUUUGGACACCAUAUUGUGUUUCCCAGUUAGUUUCUGUAGGCUAUUGUAAUUAAUAAUGUUUAAAUGUAAAAUACCUCAAAGCAGAUAUGAACAUGAGAACUCAACUCGCUAUAGUCUUGGAUUCCCUUAUAGAUAGCCAUUAUUAUUAGCACCAUCUCCCCAGAGAUUAUGUUCAUAUUGGACGAUUCAGCUGUUUACAAUUUAUUUCCACUCAUCAUAAAUGCAAAAGGUAAUGUGACAUUUUUGGGCCCAAAAGUGAAAAGUAUAGAGAGCGUAACAUGUUCAUCUUUGAUGUCAGAGACCAGACUGUUUCAAACCAACAAUUCAUGUUCUGCAAAUGGCAACUACAAGAUGGAUACGGUUAGGCACAUUUGGUUUAAUGCAUGAGAAAAUGUAUUUUUCUGCUUGCCUUCUGAAAAUGAAAGAAUUAUUGAGAGGGGUUAGGGUAUUUAUGGGGUUUAAAGUCAGAGACAUUCAUGUCUAAAAUGGUUGUGAAGCUACAGUAAAGUUAGCUUGUUCUAUAUUAAAAGGUCAUUAUUAUUACCCUUUCGGGAUAAUAGAUCAUGAUACCUGAUGUAUGGUUGUAUGAUGGUCCGUCAAUGUUGUCAUUGUUACUUAUAUUAUAUUUUUGUUAUUUGGUUGAUUCUCACUUUGUUGUCUCCUGGUUUUACAAACGUUUAAACACAAAACUGAAAAGAAAAGAUUUUUAUGUCACUAUUUCAUCUCACGAUGUGCUUAAUUAACUGUUAAAGGAAUAAUUAAGAUGAUUUCACACUUGUUUUUCUGUUUUCCCCUUACUUAUCACUGUAUAUGUCACCUUGACACUGCUGUCGCAGCACACCACCUCAAGUUCCCAAAAUAAAAUCUUGCACUUUGUACAAGUUA